AUGACCGAUGAUGAAAGUUUAUCUAAUAACACAGCAUUUGCUAUUACCCCACUACCAUCAACAAGUACUCCAGCUCGUAAAAAUCUCGUUCUCUCUAAUUAUUUACAACGUUUAAAUUCAAAAAACAAAAAUAAUGAUAUGAGAUAUGGUGUACGCAGAAAACAUGGUGAAAUGUAUAUGGGUGAUUCAAAAAUUUCAUUUGCAAAUGAUACAAUAACUGUCAAAUGGUAG